AUGGACAACACAGUUGGCCAGAAAGAUAGUCAGGGUAAUGAAGAUGAGGUAGUUUCAUAUAAAAAUGAAUCUGAGAAUGUAAAAGAGGUGAACAAAGUUGUCGGUAAGAGAACUGAAGGAAAGGACUCUACUAUUAGUAAUACCUAUUCAGAAUCUACUUCAACGCAAAAAGAUAUUACGGGUGACACCAGCCAAAGUAGUACAACAGAGAUUCCAGCAAAGGUGACCUGCGAACCCGACCCACUCGAACCACAACGUCAAGAUAUUAUAACCUCUUUACCUAAAAGUAGUGUAAACCAACUUAUAACUACUUCUAACUCUACUUCAACUCCUUAUAAACCUAAUAAUAUGUUUUUUAAAAAUGAAAAUCUCGUAGCUUCAGAUUUACAAACUUUUAGUCAUUUAAAUUCUGAUAAUGACAAAAAACUUUCAGAGAUCUCUGAAGAUGUGUUAAUAAUUAAAAAAGAAAGUUCUGAUCAAUAUGAAACUUCUAUACCUUUAAAUGUUUUAUCUUCGAAUAUAAAUAAAAAUAUUGUACCUCCAAAACAAAUUAUUCGAAUAGAAAGAGAUUAUACUCGUGGUGAAAUGUGUCAAUUUCAAUCGGCUUUUCCCUUAGAAAUUGAAGGACGGGUAAAUCCAAGACAAUUUCAACAAACAAUUAAUGGUUUAAAUGAACUUUUGACAAAAGCUUUAAAUCCAAAGUAUAAUUGGUUUGAUAAUUGUUUGACUUGUGUAACAAUAUACGUAUCAACUUUAUGUAUACGUCCACAUUAUGAAAAAAUAAUGAAAAUCGAACUUUAUACAAUUUGA